AAUCAUGCAAUUGAUAACCAUACCAUUGGAUAAGUUGAAUUGGCUUGAUUGAUAUUUUGAAUUAGUAAAAGCUUAAAAGUCUCAUUACAUGCUAUACAAGCUUGUCAAAAGGUAAUCUGAUCACAAUGGAAAGAUGCUGAUAUAAAUAGUGAAAUUCGUGAUGUCAAUGAGCACUCCCUUUCUUUGAGUGAGCAUCACCACAUACUAUCGACAUACGAUGAAGAGCUUUGUCCUGAUAUUGGCUACCUUGAUCGUCCAUUCGGCUGCAUCAGGAACCUCUGUGAUCACACUCCUGGAUGAUGACGUGAGUAGUCACCCACUUUGUCAAGCCAAAGAUCUUCUGGCGUGUGAAAAGGCGCAAGUGGAUGUGGAUGCAAUCGUGGAGAAUGAUCCUCUUUGCUUUCCUUCCGGCAUCACCAUGUUCAAGACAUCCACCUCUGAGGAGGAGACUGGUACCAAAGUUUUCAAUUUGAAGCAUCCCUUUUCAACGAUGGACCUCUCGUCUGACAGACUUAGUCAUCUCUCGCUACCAAACCACAUGCAAUAUCUUACGCUGUAGGUCUUGUAGCCGUUUCUAGGGUGAACUUCGAAAGAUUUUCAUCAUAAGAAAUGCUGCCUUGGCCGAGUGCGGAAAAUCCCGGUAUGGACACUUGCACAGAUCAGAUGAAAGUCAGGACCCUAAAUAGGGUCAGGUACCCAUGAAAAAAAGCCAAGAGGCUUAUGGGAAACCUGGGGCAUGACUAACCCUCUUGUACAUAUACAAAGGAAUCCCCGAAAUACAUACAGAAAUACAUACAUACAUACAUACAUACAUACAUACACUAUCACCACUGAAAAUAUUGUUACAAUGGAUGUGGACACGGCCUUUGGCAAAGACCACAACCUUGUCAAUUGUGGUCCCAACUGUUACUUAUGGCGAACAAUCAAUGAGACCUACUACCAUCAUCUGGAUUUUUCCGUCACUGGGACCAAUGUCACCUCCAACUCGGAACGGAAACUCGACCCAGCCCUGGCUCAGCUUUUGGAAGAGUCUCGUCAAUCCAACCAGCAGGCGGAAAUUACGGUCAAGUUGUACUACACGCCAGCCUUGCGAAACAGUGGCGCCAAUGUUAAGGCAGUUCUUGAGAGCAAGAUCAUACAAACCAACCACAUCAUGCAAAAUUCGCAAAUCCCCAUUACAAUCCGAGGACUUUGUCCACAGCUUAUGGACGUGAGCGAGCAGGGAUUGUCUGAAGAUGUCCUAAGCAGUGGCUUGAACUACUACUUUGGCAAUUUAGCAGCCCUUUAUGAUGGGGCGGAUUUGUCUUACUUGAUGACGCUUGGUUGCACCCCAGAUGCUUGUGGUGAAGCCUCCACCAUCAACGUGAUCAACCCAACUUUUCCAAUCCGUGGCAACCGCCGUUUUGCCUGGGGCGCCACAUUCGAGGGUCCCUUGUACACUUUUGCCCAUGAGCUUGGCCAUCUGAUGGGAGGCCAACAUAACCGAGAGCGACUCAGCUGUGGAUCCUCAUGUAGUGGCACUCCCUUUGGCUAUUUGGUUCGUGGAUUGCCGUACUUCACCGUCAUGGCAUAUGCAGGCCCUAACAACCCCGAUCCCCUCCCUUACUUUUCUACGCCCACGCAGAGUUUCCCUGGUGGCCAACGCAUUGGGACUUCAAGGGACGAUGUUCGCAGCAUGAUUUUGAGCGUUCGUUUAGCCGUCAGUCGACUGGGUAACGACCAAUGUCGACGAGGAUGCUUCGACGUGCAGUCUCUGGACAAUUGCAAUUUUUGGAGAGACCAAGGAUACUGUCAGCAGACCUAUGUUGCAUACAUGAGGGCCAAUUGUGCAUACACCUGUAGCUCUUGCUUUUAAUUACAUGGCAACCACAGCCAAAUGGCUUCAUCCAAUACCGCCAUUGGCUCAUUGAUUAUGAAUAAACGUACUGACAUUCAGCAAUUCA